GUUUCGCUCGGUGGGCGUGGCCUCCGCUCCCGCUCCGGUCGCCCGUGGAGACACCGGGAGCGGCGCUCGGAUCAUUACACCGAUAACAUCAAGGCAAGCUGGACAGGGAGCAAGUCUGCCUAUGUAGCUCCCUGUCUUCCCAAGCAGAGCCUCCCUGCUCCACUGAAAAUGUCAGGCAAGACAGCCACCAGCACCAACAACAUCGCCCAGGCCCGCAGGACCGUGCAGCAGCUCAGGAUAGAGGCCUCCAUCGAGAGGAUAAAGGUGUCCAAGGCCUCGGCAGACCUCAUGCUGUACUGCGAGGAGCACGCCAAGAAGGACCCGCUGCUCAUGGGAAUCCCGGCCUCCGAGAACCCCUUCAAGGACAAGAAAACCUGCAUUUUGUUAUAGGGCAGGGCCAGCUCCUCCUCCUGCCCAGCACCGCCGCUCCCCCAGGUACCUGCAGCCCCCGGGCACUCCCUGAGCCUGCCCAGGGCAUUCCCUGAGCUCCCCGAGGCAUUCCUGCUGGUCCCUGUCCCUCUCUUAGGAGCUUUCCCACUCGAUCCCUGUCUGUCCUGGCCGAGGGAAUGGGCUCCAGGGUCCCUGCACGGGGGGUCCUGGUGGCAUUUGCCAACUCCAGCACGACCAAAGUUGCCUGAGCUUUGCAGAUACAGCAAAGCUGUAGAGACCUGAUGGAAUCACUGGGUUUACAUUUUAUAAAAUUAUGGAUUUUUUGUUUUUUUUUUUUUUGGGGGGGGGUGGGUGUUGUGCCUGUGCUGGCAGCACCUGUUUGUGCACAGGCAUGCUUAAAGUGCAUUUUCUAGCAAAAUCUACCUUGCAAAAUGAUUGUAGCAGCUGCUGGGGAGCUCUGCCUCAGCCUUCCUCCUGCUGGCCUCUCAGCCCAGGGCUUUUAAAGGAUGAAGUUGGGAAUCAGAGAUGCUCCCCCUGCUUUCCAUGAGUUGGAAAAGCAGAAUUUCCAGCUUGGAUUCUGCUGCGUUUUCUUCUCGAAUUAAAAAAAAAAAAAAAACCUGUGUUAGUAGAAAACACACCCUCAAAGAAAUGAAAAGAGAAAGAGAGGCUGGAAGUGCCCUGGCAGAGCUGGAGGAACGCUGCCCUUGCUCCCAAUCCCAGCUGGGUUCUGAGCAGGGAGUCAGAACUUGACUCGUUUUUAUAAAAAAAAAAAAAAAUCCAUUUUUAAACAGGAAAAAUGCCAAAUUAGCUCCAGCUUGUGGUUAUGCAUUUAUAAUUGAGGGCCUUUCCAUCUAGUAUAUAUUUUAUAUAUACAUGUAAUAAAAAAGUCUUUCUCUGUG